AGACAGGAUUCGAGGAUUCCGAUGAUGAUAGUUCUUGGGGGAGCGUUAAAAACCUCACCUUUAUUUUUCAAAAAUAAGGAAAAAAAAAAUCGAGAGAGAAACGUUCCCUCCCUUUUUCGCUCUUUUUGCCAUUUGAAAGAGUGGCUGCGCAACUUCUUCUCCGUCGCUCUUGCCAUUUAUGGCGCUGCAUUAACUUUCUUGCUCUGCAUUCCCUGCAUUCUGUGAUUCUUUAUGACCCACAUGGAGCAAGUUCUUGAAGGAUUUGCCUUCUCCAGGGGGCAUAUAUAUUGUGGUCGCCGAAUGCGAGUCGCGGAUGUUUUACUACUCGAGGAGGAGGAGGAAGAAGACGAGAAAGAGGGUGGGGUUGACGCCGAGUUCGAGAUGAGCAGCCUUCGGCGGCAAGUUGAAGUGGGGUCUUGUGGGUUCGAGCGUUCGUCGCCGGGUCGGGCGAUUUCGAGGUGGUUCAGACGGCUCAAGGAGAAGAAGGGUGUGGUGGGGCGGAUUCGGGAGAAAGAAGGGAGGGAGCAUGGCGAUGGGUUGGGGAGUCUGAGCGUUUCGAGGAUAAGGACGAAGGUUGAGGAUGGUUCGUCGGACACGGGCAACGGGAAGGAUGAGUCAGGACAAUAUAGGAAAGAGGAUACAUUCAACCUGGGAGUUGCAGGGAGUCUUUUAGAUCUGAUUGCUGCGAAUAAGAAUGAACUCAGCAAAAUGGAGGAUUUGCGGAAAGAAAUGGAGCUUUUCCUUCAGAAUGUCAAAGAAAAAGUACAGAGGAAAGUUUCUUCUCAUGAACCAUUUGAGCUGACGGAGAGUGUUGCCUCUUGUUUGACUGACAUAAAGGAAGUCUUCAGCUGCGGCAGCCACCUUUCGGAGCAAUCCCAUAGAAGGCCAUCUCUUUUGCUAGAACAACGUAGACAGAUGCAGUUGAAUCAGUCCAGUGGAUAUGAGUCUAGACAAGAACCUGUGGAGGGGAUUGAAGAACUGGAAGCAGAAUUAGAAGUGGAGUUAGAGCGCUUGCAGCUUCAGUUGGAUGCUGGAACCUCUUCCGAGCAAUCAUAUCAGGAAAUGAUAAAGCAGGUUGCACCCAAGGCAUCUUCUUCAGCAAGUGGCUGUAGCACUAGUUUUGGGGAAGUAAUGGAUCCCGGAGACGAAGUGACUGAAUUUCAGGGUGGAGUUCCCCCUAUUGAACUUGAGAGGAGAUUGCAUGAGCUGUUGGAAACAAGACUGCAAGAACGAAUCAAAGAGCUUGAAGUAUCUUUAGGGCGUAUGGAGCAGAAGCUAUCUGAGAAAGAGAGAGAGAUCUCAUGGUGGAAAGACACUGCUCGUCUUCUGUCACAGCGUGUUUCUGAGCCUUCUCAUGGUGGCCUAACCACCGAUGGACUCUGAUACGUUGAACUCAAAACUGUGAAAUUGAUUUGAA